GAGUUCACUUAUUUUAGACUUGACAUUUUUUAUUAAGUGUUACUCGGUUUUGACCACUUGUCUCAGAGGUCCAGGUCUAUGUCCGGACCUCGGGCACUGUAUCUGCAGCCAGGCCUAACCACAGGAUGGCAGUCCAGUCUCCAAGAACAGGGCAGCCCUGGCCUGGGGUUCCAGGACAGAGCCUGUGACAGUAUAGAUGGUGCAAAAUGGACCAUAUGUAGUGUCAAAUAGAGUCGGUACGACAGUACAAAAAAUGACUACACUUUUGAGAGUGGUGGACUGUGAAAUCGUGGACUCGUGGACUCGUGGACUCGUGGACUCGUGGACUCGUGGACUCGUGGACUGUGGACUGUGGACUGUGGACUGUGGACUGUGGACUCUGGACCAGGCGACUACAUCGCUGCUGUGGAGUGUGGACUUUGCUGCGUCUGAGUAUUUGCUGCUCGACGUGGAGUCUGUGGAGAGAGAGAGAGUGGAGUCUGUUGGAGAGUGGAACGCAUUCGUUUUGAAUAAAAAAUCGAUAGACGUCGUAUUAUGACUCAUAAUCGUAUCAUGAUGAUCAUGAUCCUGGAUCGUAUUGUGGACUUGUGGCUCAUAUUUAAAAAUGUUUUUAGAAUAAAAAUAAUAUCCUCC